AUGAAAUUUGCCGUCGUAGGGUCUGGCGUUUCUAGCUUAGCUACGACAUGGAAUUCAUCCCAAGUUCUAAACCAACAUAGUCUUCAUGAAGUGUAUCUGUACGAAGUCGAAGGUUGUGCGGGAGGACACACGAAUACGAUUGUAUAUAUACAUCCAGAUAAAUCAGACGGGUACGCAGUUGAUGUGGACACUUUGGCAACCUCGUUCUGCCAGUCAUCACGUCUUCUAGAUCCCGACAUGUGGCGAUUAAUCUAUGAUGUGCUCGGGUUCAGUGCCUGUGCACGACGCCUCGUCUCUAACAAGGCCUCUUCCGACGAUCCAGACUUGUCUUGCCUUAUGAACAUCCCUGCUCGGACUUUGGUACGAUUCAUGAGUAAUCAUCACCUUUCACAGAUUACGGGUAAGCCGUCGUGCCUUACUAUUGAAGGUGGCGGUCGCAACUGCGUUGAUGCGAUAUUGUCAAAACUUCCUAAGGAAAGGGUACACUUGUCGUCUCCGGUCACAACGAUAUGCGGACCAAUCCAAGGCGAAGGCCGUCAUGCCGUCCUGCUGAAGACGCAUAACCAGAUGCUGUCAAAGUCAUGUCAUUCGGACGCAUGCACGACAAUUCUGAAAGGCGGACGCGAUCUUCGUGAUGACCAGGAAGACAUCCUCGAAAGGUUCGAAUGGAAUGCAGAUAUCUUAAUGCCAAAAGCCAGGACUGCGUGGUCUUGCUGGAACUACCUCACAUUCUGCAGCUCGAACGACAAGGGUAAACACAAAGCUAACAUAAACAAACAUCUGCCAAAGGAUCUUCACGGCCCGAUGCUGGCCACCCUAAACCCACCAACCGAUUCAAACGUCACUAAACCUGCUGCGCGAUUCGCCUACGAGCGCCCCAUCCUCGACACCAAGGCAAUGACGAACAUUCAGGGCCGUGGCGGUGUCUUGUUCGCGGGAGCGUGGCUUGGGUAUGGAGUUCACGAGGACGGGUUUACGUCCGAUCUGCGCGCCGUUCUUUCAUUUGAUGUAGCUGGUGCUGAUCGCGAACCUUGCGUACCUUUCUUGGAAAUUACUGGUAUAUGUGCUGUAGUUGGCACAGCUUUAACAUUGGCGCUCCUCAUCGUGCAGUCAUGA